AUGCUGUUCCAUCUCGAUUACAUUGUCAUUCGAGCGCUGAUAACCUCGCUGCAACUGGUGGUUCCGCUUAGCAUAGCACAUACACUGUUUAGCUUCUAUGCCGGCCACUGGAUCUACUCUAAAUGGCUCGGAUGGUACGCGCUCGUGGAGGUCGCCUUCUACGCUGUAGUCUACCUUCCUCGACGGAGGCUUCUACAGAAGCCCGCUGUCCUCCCGCCUAUUCCGUCCCACGAAGAGCGCCGAAUUCUCUUCAACAAAUGUCUUCCGUAUCUCUGCAAAGCCAAGGCCGCGAAGGGUUGGUUCCUGACCCUGGAUAAACCACAUCCGUAUAUAUCGCGCAAACAGCUAGUGGAUGUCCUCUUGCUUCACGUGUUCAACGCUAGGCGCGAGGAUUUGCGUCCGGAAUGGAAGGAAGAGCUUGAGGACUACAUCGCUCGCGUCGAGGCUACUGUCGGCCACAAGUUUGAAGAUAAGCCCAAUGCGGGCCAGAAAUGUAUGAUGGUCAUGCUAGACGGGGUGCGUGUGUUACACAGGCCAUUCCUUUGGUACUUCAAUGUCGCAUUCGUGGACACUUGCAUGUCACUUACGUUGCUCUGGAACGGGUUCGAGCACUACGAGGUCAACCAUAGGAUAUCGUGCUUCCCUCCGCGAGCGUCAGUGCUAUUUUCGAAGCAGUCGCCACACGCAGAGCUAGGUUAUUGGUAUCGUCCGCAUCGUAGCAAGUCCAAGCUGCCGGUGUUGUUCCUACACGGUGUUGGAAUAGGGCUCACACCUUACGUACCAUUCCUGCUGGACGUCGUCUCCGCAGAUCCGGACGUUGGGAUACUGGCUAUAGAAAACCUCUCGAUUAGCAUGCGAAUCACCAAGCCCAUUCUCAGGAAACAAGCCAUGAUGGAUGCUAUACGUCAGAUCCUAGACCAUCACGGACUAUCUCAGGUCGUAAUAGCCGCGCACUCGUACGGCUCCGUCAUCACCACGCACAUCCUUCGAGACCCUGCACUGUCUCACCGAGUGGCCGCUAUGGUACUCAUCGACCCCAUUGCGCCACUGGCGUACAUGCCUGACUUGACGUACAAUUUUGUUUACCGCCAGCCGCGGCUCGCAUCGGAGUGGCUACUCUGGUACUUUGUUUGUCGCGAUCCGGACACGUCGCGGGCGAUCCAGCGUAACUUCUUCUUGACGGAGAAUGCGCUUUGGAAGGAUGACCUGGACGGCAGGAAGUACACUGUAGUGCUUGGGGGGAAGGAUCUGCUGCUGAACACGAAGGAGAUUAGGAGGUAUUUUACCGGGGAGGAAGGGGAGCAGUUUCGUUGGCAGCGUGAGGGCGUUGAGGUGAUAUACCGGGGAGACAUCGGGCACGAGGAGGUUCUCUUCACGCAGGAGCGAAGACGCCCUAUGCUCAAGGCCCUGAUGGAUUUCGUUCGCAUAUCUGAGCAGUGAACAGAUUGACUGCGCGAGAAUACGCUCCAAAGUUCGCUAUAGGGAGCUUGAUUGCAAAUGAUACCACUGACUCCCGCUCCUACCCAUCCUGCUCCUGUUUUUGAACGAUGUCACUUUCGCAAAGCUAGUCCUCCUAAUUACUACAAGCAGAG